CGGUUCUAUAGCAAUCUUCAAUGUCAAAUCAAUGGGUUUCAGAAAUGCCGCCCUCGUGUUUGUCGGUGCUCAGCAAAGCAAGUAAACAUAUGCAGUUUGAAUAAUUUAUGUACAUGUACAAUAAACAGUUGCAUCAAACAGGCACCACUAUAAUACAGAUAGCUUCAGAUACGCGCAGAUCCAAGAAAGAAGCCUUAUCGAAGGAUGGCAAGCGGAGUUGAAUCAAGACCCUAUAUGGAUAAAGUAUCAGAAUUAAGGAAGAAAUUCCUGGAUAAACACUAUGGUAAGCCAGAAUAUGGCAGAUAGGAUCCUGUUAUGCCAUCUUUAGGUAAAAUCCGACGCUAACUUUGGUUCGUCAAAACUAGGUCGUUCGUUAAAAUAUCGUUCCAGAAAGUUAGUUGGGCUUUACAAUUUAAUACGAUAAGUUUAGAAGUUGUCUAUUUGAUCUAUUGAAGGUAGUCUUAAUCAGUAUGUCUUCUGGCGCGUUAACCAUACAAGCUAAGAUCUGGUCUUGGCUCGGAUUUUGCUUCGACUUAUUAGUCAGUUGACUGGCUUAACAGCAAGUUAGCGUAAACUAAGUUAGUCCGAUGUCAAGCCAAGGCUUGUACUGUAAUAAAACCGGCCUACCAAGCAAUUUUAAACAGCAUUUUGCCAAACACUAUACAGAAGAGAUUAAUACAUAUGCAUGGGCGUGUCAGUUCAUUUGCAUACCAUUCAAAGAUGCUUUCUUAGUAUUUAAAUUUCAUAUUUGCUUUCAUUAAUUAAUAUACAGGGUGUAUAAAAAAGGUAAUCCAACCUUAGCAUGCAUUUGUACGUUACUAAUACUCGGGGAACGUACGUUUUUCAUAAUCAUAGGGAUCAGGUUUUUGACUGUUGAAUGACAUGUUUUUCAUCCAUUAUAGAGAAAAAAUGAACAAAUACGAGUGCAACAAAAAUUGUCUGCCGAACUCGUAUAUUUUCACCUCUGCGCCUAAUUAUGCCUGCGCAUAGCAAAAGUGAAAUUGAUGAUUUAAGUCCUGAAGUGAAUUAAUUUUCAAUAGUUUUAGACCCAAUUCUCAACGGUGAAAAUAUGCAAUUUCGAAAAACAAUUUUUAUCGGACUCGUAUUUGCUCAUUUUUUCUCCAUAUAUUAAAUAUAUAGGAUGAAAAACGUGUCAUCCUACAGCUAAAAGCAUGAUCUUUAUGGUUAUGAAAAAAAUACAUCCAUGUAAGCAAUUAACCCACAAUGGCAUGCUAAAGUUGGAUUACCUUUAACUUGUUCAUUGUUGUUAGAAUUACCAAGAUUGAAAUUUGGAGAUCAAUCUAUCUAUCUCAGCUAUCUAUAUUAUAUCUAUAAUUUGGAGAGUUAUUAGAAGAAAUCUAUCUAUCUAUCUAUCUAUAUUUAGCUUCAGAUAAGAAUUACUAUGACUCACGUGAUAUUUCAAGAGUGAAAUCAGAUGACCUAUUUGUGCAACAGUUCUUGGUGGGAAGAGAUGGCAAUGUUGAUAAAGCCCAGAAAUUAAUGGUAUAAGUCUUUUUAAUUUUUACGGAACAUUUUGGACCAAGAAUAUUUGUAAUUUUUAGGAAUGCAUGGAGUACAAUUGUGAAAUAUAAAAUUACUAUAAAAUUAUAGUCAUUGUCACUGAUCGGAUUAAAACUGCUCUCAAAAUGCAAGAAAUAGCAUUUCUUAGCCUUAGCCUUAGCUAUAGCAUUUCUUUCAGUGAUUCGGCUUUUCAUAAUAGUGAGCCGUUUUCUGCUGCAGCCGACAACGGCAACGGCAGAUGGAACCUCCCCCUGAAAAUUAUCGUUAAUGUCUCGCACGGUGAUUAAUUAAGGGAAGCCUCAUGUCGACAUAUCGACUUUGUCCAUAAGAAACGUCAUGUGGACGAUUCUCUGGAGACCCCCCCCCAGCCCCCCCGUUAGAAACGUCACACAUAGUUAUCGAUAUUUUGUUCUUAUACAGGGUGUAUAAAAAAAACAAUGAAGUGUAAAUUUCAAAGCGAAUAUGAAAGUUAGACGUUUAUACUUGCAGCAUUCUUUCAAAAUCGCGAUCUUUCGGCUAUUUUAUAUACUUUAUUUAUAAAAUUUGGAGUUAUUGCUGGCGAGCUGUGUCAAUUUAAGUAAGUGCAAUUGGAAAAUUAAAAAACGUAGAUGUGUUGAAUUCACAAUUUAUUUAAACGUUCCAAAAAAUAAGUUGGAAGUACACAUUUACUCAAGUGGCCUCCAUUUCUAAGUUCACACGAGUUCGUUCUUUGUCUCAUAUCCAAGACAACUCUUCUUCUUCCCGAGUUUCCUUUAUUUCGAUUUAAACUUUAUGGGGUGGUUCUUCCAUUCAAUGCAUGCAGCCGGUAUUGUUGACAUUAAAGCUAUUUGAAAUUGUCUUAACACUGCAACAACGCUUUUUGUUUCGAAAUACUUUUCAACAAUGAAUGUUCUUUCCGGAAUUGUUAGCUUUGGCAUUAUAAAUGGUGAUUGUGAAGUUUUAAACAACAACGUUCUAAAUUUUAGCAAACUACCUUUAAUUAAGUCCCCAAGGGACUUCGAAGAUUAAUAUUUCGAAGCAUCUAAAAACGAGCGCUUGUAUUAAAUUCUUUUUAUUGCGAUUAGCCUUAGUUCAAAAUUUUCAAGAAACCCUUCAUUCGAAAGAUGAAAAAACAAGCUUUAAAUUGAGCACAAAACGAAGUUUAUUUUACGAUAGAAAUAAGGGUAUUUAGGACGACUCCGUUUCUUUUUAUACACCCUGUAGUACACAUAAGGUAAUUUUCUACGGUCGGCUAUUGGCGAUGCUUCCGCGAGGAAUAUGUCAUCUUCUGCUGACAUGUUUUUUAUUAAUAUAUAAUAUGAACUUUAAUAUAUAACAUGAACAAAAUUUUCAACUUUUUUGCAUGAAAUAUUGAUAAUUUUAGCGCGUUUUUUUAAAAAAUUUGAGUGUUUUCAAUGCAAGGAAGGCGUAAUAAUAUAAAUGUAUAGAACAGGUAUGGUUGAUUACGGAUGUAUAGACUGGUGUUUAAUUGUAUCAUGAGUUGUUUUCUUUUUAUAUUCUGCAAAGAUGAUUCCGAAAUGUUAAGGCUGUCAGGCGAAAAAACUAUCGAAUUUUUCCAUGAUGUUUUACAGAGAAAGGUCACAGCUGCUUACCCCCAAACGAACAUAUGAUGUUUCUCGUGGACAAAAUCGAUAUGUGAGGCUUUCCCUAUAAGUGCCAUAAUUUGCAUGCGCGCCGUCGAACAUGUUUCGGUUCACCGGUUGCGGUAUCGCUUGUUGGUUAGUAGCCGGGUUUUUUCAAUGAAUAUUGUAAAAUAAAUAACAAGUUCCUUACGCAUUCGCUAAGGUUAUCUCACUUCUCUGAGAAUCCGGUUUGUUUAAAAGGGUGUCACUACAGUUCGUUUUACCCAUAUGGUUUUACCCCACAGUUUUGUCAGUUCAGACAACACGUAUUACCACUCAAAGUCCCAAUACUUUUGUCAAUCAAACAUAUUUUGAUUAGAUCUGAUUAAUAUGAACUGGUUCAGUUGUCUGUCAUCUCAGCGGAGCAUAUAGUUAUAUACUGCAUGUAUACAUUCAUUGCAUUUCUAGAUGGAAGCUUUAAAGUGGAGGAAGGAAUUUGGAAUUAACGGUAUAAAGACAUUAAAUUUAUGUUUUCAGGCUUGA